AUGGACGAUGUCCUCAUUUCCCAGCUCCCCACGCCUUUAUUGCGAUCCGCACUUCGGGCGCUGGUGUCACAAGGUUCAGCAGCACAGAGAACAUUCGUCGAGCAUGUCCGGGCGCGCUUGAGGGAGUCGACACCGACAUUCCCGCCCGCCAAUGACCUAUUCAAAGACCAAGCCAGUUCUGCGGCAUACUUAUCAUCUACUCGCUGCCUCUUCUCAAGCAAGAUGGUGCAAGAUUCGUUGCCCUAUCUUGCGCACUUUCUCCAGUGCAUUCCGGAAGCAAAGAUUCGCUGGAACAACAAUGACGCUCUCGAGCUUACCCUCGAGAAAGCUUGUGGUGACAUCGUUCAAGCUGUUCAAGCUUUAAAAGAAUCGAGACCCGAACCUACAGCCGACCUUGAAAACCUAUUGAUUAGGUUACGAUCGGCUCUAAUUGUGUGCCAAUCAUACUGCUACUCGAAUAACCUCUCUUAUCCUUUCACACGUUCUUUACUGCAGCUAGAGGACGUCCUUGCUUUCCUCUACCCUUCAGCGCCUUUCAAGCAUCUCAAUGGUGCAAUCGAUCCUAGAAUCGAUGUCUCCGUUGACAGCAGUGUAGCAGCUAAACUCGAAUAUUUUCAGCUCGGUCCGGCAAAAGUACCUAGGCUUUUUAAUGGACUAUGGCAAAUGUCGUCACCUGCUUGGGGUUCCGCGUCUAGCGCCAAACAAAAUGCAGCCCUUUGCGAGCUCGUCCGGCGAGGGCUUUUGGCAACGGACAUGGCGGAUCACUAUGGUGAUGCUGAGCUCAUGUACGGAUCCUUUCGUAACCGUCUCCCCGAGGAGGUGGGUAAAACCGUUUUCGCUGGCACCAAAUGGUGUGUCUUCAGGCCUUUGGACGGUCCAGUGACAACGGAUUUCGUUCUGGCCGCAGUGAAGGAGCGAUCACGGAGGUUGGGUGGACGGGUAGAGCUCCUGCAGUUCCAUUGGUUCGACUACAAUGAGAAGGAAUAUCUUAUUAUUUUGGAGAAGUUGGUUGGUCUAACCAAAUCGCAUCCCCAUCUCGUAUCGGCCAUCGGGUUAUGCAAUUUCGAUGCGGAACACACUCAGGAAGCUUGCGAAUAUUUGAUCGCCAAGACGAGUAAUGUUGGUAUCGUCUCCAAUCAAGUCCAGUACUCAUUAAUCGAUAGUCGGCCCAAGAUAAAGAUGGCUUCGGUUUGCAAAAAGUAUGGGAUUCAACUGUUGACAUAUGGUUCCUUCUGUGGCGGGUUUUUAUCGGAGAAAUGGCUAGGAGUCAAGUCGCCGGAUGUGUAUUCUGAGGCUGUAGCUUUGACGCCAUCCCAAAGAAAGUACUUUGAUAUGAUCAUGACAUGGGGUUCAUGGUCCGACCUCCAACGUUUAUUACGGACUUUGAAGUCUAUUGCUGAUGCGCAUGGUGUCGAACUCACGAACGUUGCCAUACGAUGGGUAUUGGAUAAACCCGAAGUUGGAGCCGUUAUCGUUGGCACGCGGUUGGGGGUAUCGUCUAAUGCCGACUCUAACCUGAAGGUGUUUUCCUUUAAAUUAACACCGGAGGAUACCGCUCGAAUUGAGGCUGUGGCAUUGGGCGCCCAUCUGCAAGGUCUUUACGACAAGAUUGGAGAUUGUGGACAUGAAUAUAGACAUUGA